AUGAUGGAGGGUGACGACCGCCGGAUGCAAACGCUGGUCCAGAAGACGUUCGAUGACCUUAUGCAGGACUGCGUACAGCGCCGCAAUCACCCCGACACGGGCAAUUUUGCGAUCAUUACCGCGCACUACACGGUAGUCAAGCAUUGCACCUCCACCUGCCCUCUCACCAAAAACAAGUACAUGCUAGAUACUCCUCUCGGUCUCUGCAACGCUCGCAACGCCGUCCAGGCCGCGGCCGUUGCCCUUAUUUCUGCCAGAAACCCCAAGAAUCAUCAGCAGAGACUUUGUCUUCUUCGUCGUGCUGCUACGGCCUUCCUCACGGUCAUGCGUUCCCGCUUGGAGUCCGACGGUCUCCCGCUCAACCCGUCCGCCCUGGCGCGUACCCCCGGCAUGAAGGCACCUCGAAAGUUUGUUGCUUGA